AUGGUAACAGUAAUAAAAAAUGACAACAUAGGAAAUAUAACAAUUGAUGGAACUGAAACAAAUAUUAGCAAACAAAAUGAUAAAUAUAAGGAUCAUAAAACUUCCAAAAAAUUUGCGGAGUUAACAGGUUAUUUUCGAAGUAGAAUAAACCCCAAAACUGCCGAAAUUGAGCGAGGACUUAAAGAACCAAUACUGGGAGAUAUAGUGGACUGA